AUGCAAAGACGCCUCCAAGCUCGAGUCACGCAGUGGUCAGACUUUUGUCAUGAACGUCGGCGUCGUCGGCAACAAGUCGCUACCGCGAACAAAUUCUACAACGGAUAUCUUCUGUGUCUAGCGAUGUUCCACUGGCAAAGUUUGUGGCUCAAAACAUCCGCAUUGCGACACAAAGAAGCACACGCUGUCAGGCAGAUCAACUCGCGACGACUCUCAAAGGCGGUGUGUCAAUGGUAUGAGAACUAUCAGCACUUAUCCAGUAAUCGAUUGAUGAAGGUGCAGGCUUCUCGCUUUCGCUCUAAACGAUUGUUGACUCGGUGUUUCCGCGCAUGGAAGGGCUACAACGACGCCGUUCGCCACAAAGUAUCCAAGAGGAGGUUUGCAACUCGACUACGACAGCGAAAAGUGCUGUCACGGAUGUUCCAGAGAUGGCAAAAGUUUGCAGAGCUCCGUGCAUUUGAGAGACGGCAGCUCAAUCUCGCACUUGAGCACAGAUCACGAGUUGUUCGUCGCCUAGUGUUUCAAAACUGGAAGAGCUAUCGGAGCAAGCGCACGCUCUACAUCGUCGCGUACACGUUUCGUAGGAAGCUGCUUCUCCAGAAAGUCUGGAUUCGCUGGAAUCAACACCGCGCACGCAUCACGGAAAUGGGCUACCGACGGCUCGAGUACUCGCAGGCGGCUUUGUUGCGUCGAUGGUAUCAUAAUGUAAGAGAACGCGUUGAACAGAGAGCCAAGGUUGCAAGAGCGAUUGAAUUCCAAGCGUCUAACCUGCGAGAAAAGACCUGGAAAGCCUGGCAGAUGUACGUCGCGUGCCGGCACGAAAAAGAGAAGCAGCUCGUGUGGAUUCUGGGCUACUACUCGGUUGAAGUUCUUCUCCGAAAGUCUCUUGGUUCGUGGAAGAAGCUGAAUCAAAAGGAAGACGCGUUUGGUCGGUGGAAAACGUUCUGGCAGCAGCGGCAGUCCAUGAACGAGAAGCGGCUACAGGCGAGGGUUUUUCACUGCGUUCAUUUGGAACAAAGGUCAUUGAACGCUUGGAGAAUAUCCGUGCGUGACCGGAAGCAGAGCAAGAUGGCUCGAGCGUUCAACACCGCCAAAGUACUUCGCACGAUGUGCACCUUGUGGAAGCGAAAGGUUCACGUGCUGCGCCAGGUGAGAAGAAUGUUUCUCUACCAGGAAAAUUUCCAAGCGCAGACGCACUUUGACGCUUGGAAGCGCUAUGCGACGACUAGGAAGCAGCUGAACGACAGACUGCGUGGGGCGAUGAAGUUCAGAGCCAACCUCGUCAAAGUGGACGUGUGGCAGAAGUGGAAGACUUGGGUGACCAUGCAGCAACAAGAGCGCGACACGAUCUUACUGGCUGUUGACUUCCGUGACCGCUUCUCU